UAACUGCGUAUCAAACCUCCCCGGCAUAACGCAGCAAAACGAAAACAAGAUACUCAUAAAUAUUAACGAGGCUUCACACGACGUGUUGAUGAUCGAUAUAACUGAUUUCAAAUUGAUGAUUCGAUCACAUCAAUCGUCACAAGUUCUACUUGAAUGAAGUACCGAGCAGCUGUUCAGAUUUUUCUUCUCCUUCCUCUUAAACUCAGAAUGCCGGAUUACUUUAUCACGGUAGCUGUAUGUUACUCUUUCGUUAUUCAACUUUCCGGUGUGUACGCAGUUGGAAGAUGUUCUAGCAUAUCUCAAGAUGUCUGUCCCUAUGGAAUUUCUGACGUUGGAUUCGUUCCAAAAUACCUGACAUGGGAUCAUGACGUCAGAGCACCACCGGAAGCACGUGACAAAAUGAUGUUCUACUGUGCGAAACCAGCUUGCUACUCAUCCCCUUGUUUAAAUGGAGGGUCGUGCACGGAAGAACACUAUGGAUACAUUUGUUCUUGUCAAGGAGGAUAUGCGGGAGAACGCUGUCAGCGCCAGGUCUGCCCCGAUGGAUGGCGGUACGGAGGAACAAAGUGUUUUCUGAUCUUGGACAAGAUUCUGCACAGGUAUUCCUCUUUGAAUUACUGUCAUGAUCUCGCUGGGGUAACCCUGGCGAACGGCGACGUUGUUGAAGCUUCUCUUCUCGUCGUGGAGAACCGUGAAGAGUAUGAAUUUCUCAAGCAUUACAUAGGACCUACAGGCAAGACCUGGCUGAACUGUGACCCAUAUGGAACCACGUGUGUUUGCUUCACUGAACGGGAAAUGGUCCCUGAAUUCGAAUAUUGGUGUAGUGAUUCAGAGUUUUACUUCAACUCCUCCUCAUCUAACACUGAAUACGACUGUGUGUACGCAAGGAUGUACGAUGGCGCGUGGUUGUUGCAGCCAUGUAUGACGUCAUCUUUGGGUUCCAACGCUCCUACCGUGUGCCAAGUCCGCAUUGCCUAGCCAACGUAUCAUUUACUGCACUGAGGAAAUUAGUUAGAAGUUUGCCAAGAAGUUCAAAAUUAGUUAGAGGCGUUUACAUGUUCCCGGACAAGGGUGAAAUCGGUUACACUUCGUAAUUCCGAAGGUUCGCA